AUGGAGGAGCGCUCACGAGUAGAAGAUGAGAAUUGGGAUAGUGUUAUGGAAAGUCUAGAUCUGUUGUUUGCCAAGGUUGGUGCUGUUGAAAUUCAUCAGGAGAAGAUAGAGGCCAAGUUUGAUGUGUCAACAAAAUUGCUAGAACAGAUGCUGCUCGAUCAACAAACUUUGGCCAAGCAAAUGGAAGCCACUGGCAAUGCGGUUGCCCAGCUAACCCUCAAUCAGAUGAGAAAUCGUCAGGAACGACCACCAAGCCCACAAUCCAGUGACAGUAAUGAAGACAUUGGAUUCCAACAACGCCGUCAGUUGCUGCUUGCUAACAAGGUGGCUGUCAUCACGGGAGCCGCAAGCACAGUCGGCAAGGCGAUUGCCCAAAAAUUCUUCAACAACGGCGCCUCGGUCUUCCUAGCAGAUAAAGAGCUGGACAAGUGCAGAAGCUUCGCAGACGAACUCAAAAAGAACAAGGACCCUAAUGACAUGCAAGUGGCUGAAGCAAUGCCCUGCGACACAAGUGACUGGCUGAAGUUUAGGCAUGAGAUUGAAAACCUCAAGGACAAACACAGGCAUCUUGACAUCUUCUACAACAACACCGAGUUCAACCACAUUUCCGCUUUGUUGAGCGACAGCAAAGCCUUCGAGAACACCAUGGCGGCCAACUUCCAGUCGGUCCUGGACAGCAUCAAUCUCGCCAGCGCUGUGAUGAAGAGCCAGAACCAGAAGGGAGGCUGCAUCCUCCUGAGGAGCAGCACCAUGGGCUUGCUCGGCGACGUCGUGCCGUCGGCGUACAGCAUCUCCCAGGCCGCGGCCAUCGGCGUGAUCCGGGCCAAGGCGGCGGAGCUGGCGGUGCACGGCGUGCGGGUGAAUGCUAUCUCGCAGCACGCCAACGUUCACAAGCGCAUGCUCAAGUCGAUCUUCCCCCACGCCGAGGAUGACCACCUUGAACAUAUGAUCAAGAAAUACAUGAUGAGCAGGACGGCGGCCAACGACGACGUGGCCAACACGGCGGUGUACCUCGCGUCGGACUACGGUAAGAGCCUGACAGGGAACAACCUCAUCCUGAACGGCGAGUUCGCUCUUUAG